AGCGCGAUCAGUUUUGCGGGAGACACCUAAGCCUACGGACCAGUUUAAAGAAUUAGCGACGUGUGGAGAAAAAUAACUACUAUAUAAAACAACUAACAAAAAAGCAUCGAAAUGCGAAACAGCAUUUUGCUUUUAGUGUUUAGCUUGAUAUUUUGUGUUAUUCACACUUUCGCGGGUAAAACCGAAUGUCCGCGUAUUAAACUGAAACGUCAGUGGGGCGGCAAACCGGCUAAAGCGCUCACUUAUCAAGUGCGUCCAAUACGUUAUGUUAUCAUUCAUCAUACCGUCUCCGGUGAGUGUAGUGAGUUUUUGAGAUGUGCAUCGAUUCUGCAGAAUACUCAAACUUAUCAUAUGAAUGACUUGGAUUACGAUGACAUUGGGUUUAACUUUCUCAUCGGCAACGAUGGCAUUAUUUAUGAGGGUACUGGUUGGGGCGUGCGUGGCGCACAUACCUAUGGCUAUAAUAUGAAUGGCACCGGCAUUGCUUUCAUUGGAAAUUAUUCAGAGAAACUGCCAUCGCGCUCUGCCUUAACUGCGGCGAAGAAGCUUCUGGCUUGUGGUGUGAAGGAAGGUGAAUUGGAUCGGAAUUAUAUACUCUUAGCUGGUUCGCAAGUUUCCAACACUCAGAGUCCAGGCUUGAUUUUAUAUAAUGAAAUACAAGAUUGGGAUCACUGGUCCUUAGUUCCGUAAUUGUAUUACAAUUCGAAAUUUAUAAAAAAUGUGGAUAUUAAAAAUAUAAAAAUAUUAUUUUAUGUGAUUUGUUGCUAAAUACUCAUUACUUAUUUUCUCCUAUAUCCGCUUGAACAAAAUAAAAUAAAAUAUUACAAA